AUGACGAACUUGGAGCGCCUUAAAGGUUGUCUUGCUGGCUAUCCUGACAUGCUUACCAGAAACAUGCCACUCAAGGAGACCAAUUGCACCUCGGCUUGGACCGUGCUUCAGAGUCUGUAUAACAACAAGCGGAUCCUCGUGCAGCAUCAACUGAAUCAUCUAGAGGCCUUGCCCCUGAUCCGUACUCGCUCGGUGGAAGAACUGAAAGCACUCCGGACGUGGGACACCGUAACAGCCCUCACAGUUUUGGGACAUUCGGUAGACCGAAGUGCCGAUUGGCUGGUUCCACAGACGGUAAAUCGACUUGACGAGCAGACCCGUAUGAAGUGGCAACUCUCCCUCGGUACCACCACCGAGCCAACGUCGUUGGACAGGGUCAAGAGCUUCUUGGACGCGCGGAUAUUGGCCGUCGAAGCUGCCUCCUGCAUUCCGGUACCGAGGUCCGCAACCAGUCACGUGUGCCAGCGAAGCCAGUCAAGGUGCACCAGCUAUCAACAAAAAAUAAGGCCAGACAUAAGCCCGGACGAACGACUGAAGACGGUGAAGAGGCUACAGCAGUGCCUGAACUGUCUCGGCAAACACCACAUCGACGAGUGCCCUUCGGAUAAGCGGUGCCAGCGGUGUUCGGCGAAGCACUACAGUACCAUCCACGAUGCAUGCCUGUCCGGCGGAGGAGCCACCGUACUGCACGCCGUCCAUCAGCGUCUGGCUGCGUCGACUGUGGUUCUCAGCACCACCAGCAUCCGCCUAUUCACGACGAUGGGUACCUCCUUGGUGACAAGGGCGUUGGUGGAUCCAGGGAGCGAGGUCUCAUUAAUAUCUGAGGCCCUCGCGCAGAGUUUAGGCCCGAAGACGACUCACGCCCGUGUUCUCCUGCUUGGAGUCGGAGGGGCGCGUACACAGGUGUCACGGGGCCGGGUCUCCAUACCUCUGGCUUCGGUGCGCAGCAAAACACCAAUCAUCGAGAUGAUUACUUUAAUUUUGAACGAGCCUUCCAGGUACCGUCCUCCACAGCUUCCUGGACUCGAGGCUUGGUCACACCUCAAAGGGCUAACUCUCGCCGAUCCUCACUAUGCGGCUCCCGACACCGUAGACGUUAUGCUGGUGGCAGACGUCUAUAACCACAUUCUGCUAGAUGAAGUCUGA